AAUGGCGUUACGUCAAAGUCCAUCAAAUUCCCGUGCAAUGUAAGACGUACACCGAAAUAAAAUCGAAUUGUAAAUAAUCUUGGAGGAUGGUUCUCAGCCUGGUGCUGUGGACAAGAAGAUGGCCACAUUGCAUUAAAGGGAUGAAAGUAUCAUCGAAAAAGAUAUGCCAAAUAGCACGUCAAUUUUCUACUCAUCCCCCAAGUAUCUUAACCGAUAUAUUUGGAGGUCAUCGAUCAAAUUGUGCCAGUACGAGGAUUGGUAAAACUCUGCCACGUUCGGAUUUGCAGAGAGCGGUCAGUUUUGCACCCCAACCAUGCUUACGGGAGGAAUUACUCUGCAAAGUAGCAGAACCCGUGAGGGAUGGUAUGAACAAGGUUACCGUUGUUGGGUCCGGUAUGGUCGGCGUUGGUAUCGUUAAUGCUUUACUCUUCCAGAAAAUAACAAGUCACGUAGCGAUUGUCGAUGCUUUUCCAAAGAAACUCGAAGGCGAAGGAAUGGACUUUGGUCACGGCUCCGUGUUCAUGGACGCUCCGCGAAUAGAGUACGGCACUGAUUUUUGCGUCUCGAGUAACUCGAAAGUUGUUAUCCUGGCCGCCGGAGCUCGCCAGAAGAAGGGUGAAACUCGAUUGGACCUGGUGCAACGAAAUGCUGAUAUUUUUAAAAAUAUUAUACCACCAUUGGCAGAAUACAGUCCCAAUGCAGUUUUCAUUAUCGUCGCCAACCCUGUGGAUAUCUUGGCCUGGAUAACCUGGAAGGUGAGCGGGUUCCCCGUUAAUAGAAUAAUCGGCAGUGGCACUCACCUCGACACUGCGAGGUUUCGUUAUUUAAUCGGCGAGAGAAUUGGCGUAUCGUGUAAAUCAGUGGAGGGAUAUAUUAUCGGAGAACAUGGAGACAGUCAGGUUCCACUUUGGUCCGGCGUCAACAUUGCCGGUAUUCAAUUUCGCGACAUUUUGCCAAAUAUCGGUUUGGAGACUGACGAGGAGAAUUGGAACGAAAUCGCUAAGGAAGUCGUGAGAGCAGGUCCCACGGUUCGCUGUUUGAAAGGCUAUACGAAUAUUGCUGUUGGUUUAUCGGUGGCUGAUAUCACUGAAGCUGUACUACGGAAUUGUCAAUGCAUCAAAACGGUUUCCACGCUUAUACAGGGUCACUACGAUAUCUGUCAUGAAAUGUUUCUGUCGCUGCCGUGCACUGUCGGCGAGAAUGGCGUCACUCAAGUUGUGCGCAUGCGCAUGACGGAAUACGAGAAGAAGCUGCUGCAGAAUUCCGCCGAGAUAGUUUACGGGAUACAGAAAGAUAUCAAUAUUUAAGAAUCUGUAUGAUCCAAUGACGCAGCUGUCAAGUUUGUUCUCAGUCUGUAUGAGCAUGUUUUUGAGAAUAAUAAAUAGCAGAACGUUUUAUAUUACC